AUGAUGAAAAUCUUUCUUUUAUUCCUGUGCUUACUAUGGACACUUGUGUCUUCAGAAAUUGUACCCACACCACACUACAGAACUCCAAAAAACAUUGCAUUUUCCUCACACGGAGGUGGCAGUAGUCAUCACAUAUGGGUCAUGGAAAUUCUGAAGGAAAUGAAUCACCGAGGACACAACGUUUCGUUUUUUUCACGGGGCGAUCAACUUCGCUUUGCAAACGGCUAUCCGGUCAAGACACGUCAAGUGGGCGGCACAACAGAUUUCUUACGCCAUCCUUUAAUCCUUGAUCUUUUAUCUACUCAUCCAGAUCAUACAGUCAUUUCUAUGGGUGCUAUGGAAGCCUGCAUGAUGAAUUACCCCACAGAAUUCUUUGAGCUUCAGAAUUUGUUUCAGUCGGAAAAAAUCGAUUUAGUCAUAUGUGACUCUUUUGCUAUCAGCUGCAUUGACACUGCCAUAGUUUCCAAGAUACCUGUCAUGAUCACAUCUACCUUUGGUUUAUUUGCAGAUGACGAUGCUACCUAUAUAAACAAUAAGCUUUACAGUGAAGCAAGUCCUACAACACAAGAUGAAUCCAUGUGGGCAAGGAUUUACCGCGAUUACAUUAGUGUUCCACGCAUUAUGCGCACGCUUUCAAAACGUCUUGCCCACGUCCAUGCCUUUCAACGCCAGCUGGGUCUCACACCGACAUUUGAUGCAUCCACUGACCGGUACAACCACGUUCCUAAAAUGGUCAAUAAUGUAUUUGGUAUCGAAGUUGCUCGAAGACAUAGUCCCUUAGUGCAUAUGAUUGGUCCCAUUAUCAAGGCCUCUUAUCCGUCGUUGGAUGCUAUCUCUUCCGAAUUUUUAAACCGACAUAAAAAAGUGGCUUAUAUAGCCUUUGGUCAGCAUGCAAGUCCCAGUGAUAAAGACGUCAAGAUGCUUAUGCAAACCCUAUUGAGAUUGUUAGAUGAAGGUCACAUUGAUGGUAUCUUAUGGGCUCGCUUAGAUGUUCAACAGUUGCCACCAUCUAUGGAAAUUUCUUCACAUCCAGACAUACUCUUAAUGGACUGGGCUCCUCAAUUUGCUAUUCUGGAACAUCCAUCUACGGCUUUUUUCCUCACGCAUGGUGGUGUAGGCUCACUUCAUGAAGCCUUAUUUAAUGCUGUACGUUUAUUUGUCUACCCAUUUUUUGGUGAUCAACCUACCAAUGCUCGUGCCAUUGAGCGUGUUGGUGUAGGCAAAUACAUGGACCUUUCAAACCCGACCUUCGACGAUUCGUUUUACAAGACAUUUUAUCAAAAAUUAGCUCAAGUAGCAUCAGACCCGAACCAUACACUCCAGACGAACGUAGAUAGAUAUAGUGCCUAUGUACAAGUAGCUGCAUCCAAUGCCGUAAAAAGAAGCGCAGAUUUAAUGGAAGAAAGUCUAUUUGCGAGUGAUGAUCAGGGAAGGCUUUACUAUCGUAAUGAUGUAGGAUAUGAAAUUCAUUGGUUGAAGAGAAAUAAUUUGGAUGUUUAUGCUGUCUUUGCUGUGCUGGCCAUGGCGCUGUAUAAGCUGGUUAAUCUGGGCUUGCUUGAAUGGAAACGACAUUUUUUGACGGGCCAGAAAGUAAAGGUCACAUAA